GCUGGCACAUACCGAAGACGCUGCAGCGCGUGUGUAUAAAACGUGACGUACAUGAUCGUGAUCGUUGGUUAAGUGUCCUUGAGCUCUUGUUUCGACUCAAUAACCCAAAGACGGGUGUCGGAUAAUACGUACCCGUGAUAAAGUUACAGUGAUUCAGCAACAAUAGAAAACAAAGUGUUCGAUGUAUGGAUUCGUAACUCAACGAGAGAAGUUGUAGCAGGGCAGUUAAUUGAAAAGCGCAUGCAUUCGAUCUUCAAUCAAAGUAUCAUUCAAUCAGUAGCUGACAAGUGAAAAACUACAAGUUUACAACAUAUCUUACACCUUACCCAGGGUACGUUUCAGUCAGCAAGCAUCCUUUAUUUUGACUUCUUCAGCAACGUAGCCGGAUAAUGUAGAGGACGCUUCCGCAAUGUCCGACAUUAACAGUAGCUUUGAAUUUGAUUACGAACAAGCGCUAACGCUUACCGGGUUCGGCUGGUUUCACUAUCGUUUGCUGGCACUAUGUGGGCUUAUAUACGCCAACACGGCCAUCGGCAUUACCGUCAUGUCGUUCGUGCUGCCCUCAGCUACCUGUGACUUUCGCAUGACUUCGGAGGAUAAAGGAUGGUUAACAGCGGCCCCAAUGCUCGGUAUGGUCGUCGGGUCUUACUUCUGGGGUUGCCUGGCAGACACGAAAGGACGACGGAUCGUACUGAUCGCCGCACUGCUGCUGGACGGUACCAUCGGUUUACUAUCAACUGCAGCACAAAUUUUUCCCAUAUUUAUGUUUCUACGAUUCAUCAAUGGUUUUGCCAUUACCGGUGCAAUGGGCAUUUGCUUUCCGUACCUGGGCGAGUUUCAGCCGACAGCGUACCGUGAAAAAAUCCUCUGCUGGAUGGAGCUGUUUUGGACGCUGGGUAUCAUUGUGCUGCCCUGUAUUGCCUGGCUCAUUAUACCGCUGCCGUUGCAGGUUGGUACAGCAGACGCCGGUAUCAUGUUCGGCAGUUGGAAUUUGUUCGUUGCACUCUGUUCCAUUCCAAGCUUGCUACUAGGACUGUGGCUGUUGUAUUUUCCCGAGAGUCCAAAGUUUCUGAUCGAAUGCGGUGAACCUGCGCUUGCGCUAGAGAUACUGAAGGAUAUCUACCAGACAAACACUGGUCGUGACCGUAAUGAAUGUCCGGUCGGCCGACUCAAGGAAUCGGACCGGAGCAACACGAUCAUGGAAACGCACAAUCGCUCGAUCCGCACGUUCAACAUACAUGAUCCAAAGCAUAUGAAGAUUUUGCUGCCAGAAAUAUGGGAACAAACGAAAGCACUCUGCAGUGCGGAGUUUCGGCGCAACACUGCACUCGCCUGUAUGAUCCAGUUCGGUAUUACCACCAGCUACUACACGCUGAUGAUCUGGUUUCCGGAGCUAUUCGGGCGUUUCGAGGAGUACGAGAAGCGGUACCCGAACGCAACCGUAUCCGUCUGUGACGUUUCGUCGAUCGUGCUGGAGAACGUGAACGAUACACUUGUUGACGACUUUUGUGGUACGCCCAUCGACACGAAGGUGUACUGGCAUACGCUUCUGCUGGGUAUAGCCUGCAUCCCGACGAGCCUCUGGUUGCCGCUGUGUGUGCAUCGGCUUGGAGCAAAGUUUUUUCUCAUAUUCAGUCUGACGGUGGCCGGGCUCGUAACUGUUGGACUCGCGUACGUUGGCAACUCGACGCAAAAUCUCAUUCUUUCCUGCAUUUUCGAAGCACUUACCUCCAUGGGGAUCAGCACCGUCUACUGCGUAAUGGUGGAUCUAUUUCCAACCAACCUACGAGUAAUGGCGGCUGCAUUUUCUCUUACAUUUGGCCGCUGUGGAGCGUUACUAGGAAACCUUCUGUUCGGAUUUCUCGUUGACUUGAACUGUUUCGUUCCGAUAGUGCUGUUUUCGAUUAUGCUCUUUGGUAGUGCAAUAUUGUGCUUUUUUCUACCCAAUACCGGAACUACGGCUCUUCAAUAGUAAAGCGAAAACAAAAAAAAACGUUACUUUAGACAUUAGUAUUCAGUUUAGUGUAAUGUAACAAUAAUCCACCCAAAAACAAUAUAUUUUACCUUUGUAUAAACAUGCAGUAUUUUACAGUAGUUUAAGUGAAAGCUGUCUGAUUAUCACGCAAAGUGGCAAUCAGAUAGGAAAUAAUGUAAAAAAAUAAUAACUAUGAACCAAUGUGAAGCGAAACGAGAACCAAAGAAAUGUGAGAUAAAGCC